GACCCACAGAACAAGAGGGAUAUACUCUGCGACGAGAAGCUCAAGAAGAUAUUUGAAGGCAAAGAGCGUGUUGGGUUCUUGGAGAUUGCAAAGCUCAUUGGUCCUCACUUUCUCUGAAUAGAGAAGAGAGAGAGAGAGAGAGACUUUUGGCUGGGAGAAGACGACUAUCAUUGGCCGCCUAUGUUUUGCUCAACUAUUAAAAAUGGCCAUCAAAGAUCAGAUUAUUUACAUAUAUAUUAGUAUAAACAAUUAGGGUUUAAGAAGUUGUAUGCAACCAAGUAGUACUUAUAUAAUUUAAGCCUUUUUGGACAUCUUUUUGUCGGUUAUGUGCUCUCUCAUUUGCUUCCCAUUGCAGUUCAAAAUAUUCCCCUUUUUCUGUCUUAUAGGACAUGAAAUCUUCUUAUCUAA